ACAAACUCAUCAACUCUCUCUUGUAAACAAGUGGCUUAGGGUUGUGACAUUAAUUCGAGAGAUGGCUCUAUGUGGAAAGUUAAUUGGUCAUGUUGAGGUCAGUAAGAAGGGGGAUAUAUGCAACCUCUUUAGGUACAACCCGAACGAGAUAGCUGUGAUAUCCCCUGAUAAGGUUCAUGGCUGUGAUCUGCAUGAUGGUGAAAGGGGGGCCGUUGGAUCUGUCAUCUCUUGGCACUACACUCAUGAGGGAAAGAAGAAAAUUUCAAAACAGAUAAUCGAAGCAGCCAGUGAUGAAAACCACAUAAUUGUGUUUAAGGUAAUCGGAGGAGAUCUAGUAGACGAGCUAUACAAGACCUUUACAAUUAUACUAAAUGUUGACAAAAAAGGUGAUAAAGAGGUGGCUACUUGGACGUUUGAAUUUGAGAAGCCUGAUAUAAGUGUACCGUAUCCAACUUCCAUGAUGGACUACCUUUGUGAUCUGGUCAAGGACUUGGAUACCUAUAGCAGCACUAAUUAGUUGAGUUACUUCUACGUAAAGAUGAAAAUGGAAGGAAGUUAAGUGUCGGUCGAUAUGAAUGUGUUUUUCUCCGAUUGAAAUAAUAAACCACGUCGCUUGUGAGUAAGGAGUAAGAAAUGGGUGGUGCUACUGGCGUAAACAUGAAUCUUUUUUUAAGUAAUGUAAUAUAUGACAUAUAUAUGUAUAAUUAUUCUUGUUUCCAAAUGAUUUGUGUUGUUUGAAAC